UAUUUCAAAGCAGCGUGUGUGUGUGUGGGGGGGGGCUUAAACAUCCCAGGCAGCUGACCGAGCUCUACUGCCUAUACUCUCACAGACAUGGACCUGACAGCAGACAGCCACACUGUCCCGCUGAGCGAUGGCAACCGAAUCCCCUUGCUGGGUCUGGGGACCUAUGCUGACCCCAGAUCGACAGCCAAAGGCACCGCACUAGAGUGUGUCAAGAACGCCAUUGAUGUUGGCUAUAGACACUUUGAUGGGGCUUUGGUGUACUUCAACGAACAUGAAGUGGGUCAAGCUAUCAGGGAGAAGAUAGCUGAUGGGACGGUCAAGAGAGAGGAUAUCUUCUACUGUGGAAAGCUGUGGUCCACAUUCCAGCCCCCAGAGAUGGUGAGGCCAGCCUUGGAGAGCACUUUGAAGGCCUUGAAACUGGACUAUGUGGACCUGUACAUCGUUGAGCUUCCCAUGGCCUUCAAGCCCGGUAAUGACUUCUAUCCCAGAGACGAGAAUGGAAAGUACAUCUACCACCAUACCGACCUGUGUGCAACCUGGGAGGCGAUGGAGGCAUGCAAAGACGCCGGUCUGGUGAAGUCUCUGGGCGUGUCCAACUUCAACCGCCGGCAGCUUGAACUGCUGUUCAACAAGCCAGGCCUCAAGCACAAGCCUGUGUCCAACCAGAUUGAAUGCCACCCCUACUUCACCCAGCCCAAGCUCCUAGAGUACUGCCGGCAGAAGGACAUCGUGGUGGUGGGGUACAGCCCCAUCGGAACCUCCAGGGAUCCGUCUUGGGUGAAUCUAAAAUGUCCACCCCUGCUGGAAGACGAGGUGCUGGUGUCCAUCGGGAAGAAGUACAGCAAGAGCAGCGCCCAGGUGGCCCUGCGCUUCAACGUGCAGCGCGGGGUGGUGGUGAUCCCCAAGAGCUUCAGCCCACAGCGCAUUCACCACAACUACCAGAUAUUUGAUUUUUCCCUCACUGAGGAGGAAAUGAAGUCUAUCGAAAUGCUGAAUAAAAACAUUCGUUUUGUGCAGCUGUUAAUGUGGGCCGAUCAUCCCGAGUAUCCAUUCCAUGAUGAGUAUUAGACUAUCCGUUCCAUGAUACAAAUGUAUCUGAUCAUACAUCAUCAUCAUCAUCAUAUCACCUCAACUUCGGGAUUACAAACGCUAUCUGUUUAUAAUGAAUCUCAUGGCCAUGUUGUACUCUAGAGAGAUUCCAUUAUUAAACUCUAGAUGGCGCCAGCUCACAUCCAAUAAAAUCACUUUGAGGCAGUCAUUCCUUUAGGGGCCUCCACAUUCAAUACACUCUAUCCAAUUGUAAAAUUUUCUAACUGACGAUAGACAUUCUAUAAUAACAACAAAAUAACUGUCUGUCAUAGUAACCAAUAAACAAUUAAAGUUGAUAUUAUUCAUCA